AAUCUGCUCAGAGUGAAGAGAGCGAGCCUCCGGACUUCCAACCGCCUGAGAGCCGACACAACGGCGAGUCGAUCCCGCGUCCAAAAUGGAACUCUAAUCGUCUCCGAACCCUCUGAAUCGCGUGGCUACGGAAGAGCAUCGCUUUGUUUUGUCGACCGCGCCACAGGAGCGGUGUUUGCUGCAGUUUUUGGCGGAGGACUUUUCUCGAGCGCAGACGGAGCGAGGGUGGGCUGCUGCUGCUGGAGUCACUUACAAAGACCAUCGAGAAGUCAUGACACGGCGGAGGCUGCCUCUGGAUUAUACGCUCUGAAAACGACUCGAACGUUGACUGGCUUGAAGGGGAACCCACGCGCUCGGGCGUUGAUCCACGCGUUUGGACGUUUGGCGUGAUUCCGCUCGGUUUUCACCCCUUUUCGAGUCGUCCGACUUGGAUCAAAGUUUUCCUUCCCUCCCCCCCUCCUCCUCCUCUCAACUAUGGCGGCGGCCAGGUCCACCUCUGGCUCCGCGCUGCUGCGGAUCAUGUGGCUGCUCAGCGGGCUGCUUCUUUCACCCGCGUCGGCUCAACACUACAACAGCGAGACCGGGAUAUCCGUUCCAGAACACGGCUUUUGCCAGCCCAUUUCCAUACCGCUGUGCACGGACAUCGCGUACAACCAGACCAUUAUGCCCAACCUCCUGGGCCACACGAACCAGGAGGACGCGGGGCUCGAGGUGCACCAGUUCUACCCCCUGGUUAAAGUCCAGUGUUCCGCGGAUCUCAAGUUCUUUCUGUGCUCCAUGUACGCGCCAGUGUGCACGGUGCUGGAGCAGGCCAUCCCCCCAUGUCGGUCGCUGUGUGAGCGCGCCCGGCAGGGCUGUGAGGCGCUGAUGAAUAAAUUCGGGUUCCAGUGGCCAGAGCGCCUGCGCUGCGAGGCCUUCCCCGUUCACGGAGCCGGGGAGAUCUGCGUGGGUCAGAACACAUCGGAGCAUAGCAGCCCCCCAUCGUCCUCAUCGCCAUUUUCCCCUGAUCUUGUGACUCUUCCUCCAAACGUACCCAGACCCAAAGGUCCACCCCCACAGAGCCAUGAGUUCACAUGCCCCCUACAGCUGGUGGUCCCCCCUUACCUGGGCUACAAAUUCAUGGGGGUGAAAGACUGUGGCGCACCGUGCGAACCCAACAAACCCACCGGCAUCAUGUACUUCCGGGAGGAUGAGGUGAAGUUUGGCCGACUCUGGGUGGGGAUCUGGUCCAUCUUGUGCUGUGUGAGUACUCUGUUCACAGUGCUCACGUACCUGGUGGACAUGAGGCGGUUCAGGUACCCGGAGAGGCCCAUCAUCUUCUUGUCCGGCUGCUACUUUAUGGUGGCUGUGGCAUAUGCCGCUGGAUUCUUCCUGGAGGACAAGGUUGUGUGCGUGGAUAAGUUCAAGGACGACGCGUACCGGACUGUCGCCCAGGGAACCAAGAAGGAGGGUUGCACCAUCCUCUUCAUGGUCCUGUACUUCUUUGGAAUGGCCAGUUCCAUCUGGUGGGUCAUCCUGUCUCUGACCUGGUUCCUCUCUGCUGGCAUGAAAUGGGGUCAUGAAGCAAUCGAGGCGAACUCCCAGUACUUCCACCUGGCUGCCUGGGCCGUCCCAGCCAUCAAAACCAUCACCAUCCUCGCCAUGGGCCAAGUGGACGGAGACGUCCUGACUGGAGUCUGUUUCGUGGGCAUCUUCAACGUGGAUGCCUUGAGGGGCUUCGUCCUGGCCCCUCUUUUUGUCUACCUCUUCAUCGGAACCUCCUUCCUGCUUGCUGGCUUUGUGUCCCUGUUCAGAAUCAGAACCAUCAUGAAACACGACGGCACCAAGACGGAGAAGCUGGAGAAGCUAAUGGUCCGCAUCGGCGUGUUCAGCGUCCUCUACACCGUCCCGGCCACCAUCGUCAUCGCCUGCUACUUCUACGAGCAGGCCUUCCGGGAGCACUGGGAACGGACCUGGCACAUGCAGACCUGCAAGCGCUUUGCCGUUCACUGUCCACUCCACAAUUUUGCCCCGAUGACGCCAGACUUUACCGUGUUUAUGAUCAAAUACCUGAUGACCAUGAUCGUCGGGAUCACCUCUGGUUUCUGGGUCUGGUCUGGGAAGACCCUCCAGUCGUGGCGAAGGUUCUACAAGCGCCUUAGCAACGGUAACCAUGGGGAGACGACGGUGUGAGUCUGCAGCAUUAACAAGCCACAGCAGUUUUGGAUACAACUAAAAAAUGAGGUCAAAUAGCUUUCAUUUUUUAUCUUUGGACGUUUGUCGUCGGGUGUUUUUUCUGUCUAUAUGUGAGGUGGCGCUCUUGAGCACACAAUAUACUAAGGUCAAAGGAAACAUGAGUUCAUCCGGGAGUCCUUGUGAGACUCCAAACAAUAUGCUGACCUCCGGACCAUGGUACUGAACUUGAAGUUACAAUUUUCACCCUGUCAUUUAUAUCACAAUGAAUGUACAUCUAGUGACAGAUUCUCAGGGGCGGUCAGGAAAAAGACUGAACUUUGUUAGGAGCUGCCAAAAGGAUCACGUUGUUGAUCCCAAAACAGCAGCCACGCCCCCUACUGACUGUGAAUGCAUUCACACGGUAUGUAUGCAUGGUUAAUACAUGUAGCCUCCAUUUUUACUCUGCUUUUAGCCCAAGACUGAAACGCUUGAAGUUGUGUGUUGCAGAGUACAAUCUCGACAAUUUAAAGAAAAAUAGAUCUGAAGAAUCACCGCCGCAGCGUUCGUCUCGGCCUCUAUUUCGUGCCAUACAACCCUUCCACACGACGUCCUUAUGGUCAUUUUUAAGCCUUUUUAUUUUGGUCCUGUAUUGAAUGUUCACUCCGAUGGUGAAUGAAUGAAGUUACUGUGGGUUUGCACAGAGUUUUUCUAACGGUUUUUAAGUGUUUCAACAUGUGACUGCUCCAGUUGGCGGCGCGACCGACAAUUUCAUGUCUCUCUACACGUGCUCGGUACUUUGUUAAAUCGCAUACCAUUGUGUAAUUCAUCAGAUUGUACAUGGACACUGCCAAUGGUCUGAGUAGUUGCCAAAGGAAAAUAAAUUUUCUUCCAAAUCACUGCAAGCAUUUUCAAUACUAAUGCUAAUUGAUGAACAUUAAUUGUAUUUUAAACACAAAAACGCAUUUUGAUAAAUUCAGGCGACUGCAGUCCUCAAACUCCUGGUCAAGCUAGCUUGAGGAAAAUCACUCGUUUUCAUUCCAGAGUUGACUGAAUAUGUUUUAUAAACCGCUAAUGUUUAAAGCAUAAAGUCAGCCAGGGCUAAUUUUUGUCAUCGGUUUGAGGACGGGGAGUCAUUCUUCAUUUGUAAUCAUCAAUCUGCUCUCAUAGAAGUGCGUCUAGAAUUUCUAACAUUUUCCUUUUAGGUUUCCAAUGACAAAUAAGUUGAGUUUUUUCAAUUAAGUAUCACUUUUAUUGCUCAAGUUUGUGAAUGCAGUGUGCAGUUGAUGAAUUCACCUCAGAAUGUUUCUCCAUUUUAUGUUAAAACACAGUAUUGCUGGUACUUUACUUCGACAAAACAGAGCUUAAGCACACGCACGCACACCAGUGAGCCUCUAUACAGAUGCAGCAGGUCUUUGUGUCUCAGUGUGUGGUCCAACUCAUCUGAAAACACAUUACCAUGGUGGUGGCAGCCGAGUUCCUUGUUAUUUUGAUAAACAUGACAGAGCACGCAUCGUUUCCCUGGAGUUGUUGUUACCACCUGUCUUUUAAGGAUUGUUUUUGUUACAUACAGACUGAAUUUUUUUUUCCCAUUUUAGAAUUUCCAUGUUCUUAUUGGCUGGGAGACAUUUGCUGUGUUUAUGUAAAGUUCUAUUUUUCGGUACUGAAACUAUAUUCUUGUGCCUGAUGUUUUCACUAUUGGAAGAAAAAAAAAACAUUCGACUACCUAUUAAUGUAGUUAACUGCAAUAUUUUCUUAGGAUUGCCAAACAAAUGUCCAUUUUUAUUGAUACUGGGGAGUUUUCAUUUAUUUGUAAUUAUCUGGAGAUGCAUUUAAGCAAUAAAAAUGGAGAGUAGUCGAAUAUAUGUUGUCCUUUUGAUCCAAAAUGGUGAAUUAUUCUAACACUAAGAAGCAUAUUCCUCCUCUCUUGCAGGUCCUAAAAAUCAUCAGCAGUUCUCUAAUCGUGUGAAUGAACUCUCUUCUACCGGUGUUCGUUUUUCUAUGUGAUUCAGAAGGAAGAUGUGUGUGUGUGUGUGUGUGUGUAUUUUUAUCAGAACAUAUGCAAGCUAUCAAGUUAACACACUCUUUUGUUCAAGGCAUACUGUAUUUAUGGGGAUCUUUUUGUCUUUUUUUACUUGUUUUUUUUAAAUGAGAUAAGCCUUUUGCAUCUGUACAGUCUGAAUAAAAGUGCUGAGGUUUGUAACCAGUGGUGGUGGGUGU